CGGUUAAGGCAACACACAAGAGCACAAAUAUCAGUGAUAUACGAGAACAAGCUAAUAUAUAUAUAUAUAUAUCAGAGUAAAAUGCGCCUAGUUGAGAUCGUGCUUUAGAUAGAGCUGCAUCUAUAACUAUAUAUAUAAGGAAAGCUACUGCGAUCUCAACAUGUCCGCCUGCUACAAUGCCUACAAUCCGGCGCAUUCGUUUCAGUUUGAGGAGGCCGACGAUGACGAUGCUUCCUUUGACAGCGGCUACGAGAAGAGCUUUGAAACGGAGGCCCAGACCAGCUCACGUCGCCGUUUGGACUUUGGCGAACACUGCGGCAGCACAACGCCGGCCCAGGCGCCAGCGCCGUUGGCCUAUGCCGGCAACUGGGAGAUGCAAAUGAAUUCGCCACCUGCCGGCUUCGUCGGGCUGCUGGACUCGAGCAGCAAUCACAGCACGCGCAGCGGUCGCACGCUGGUGGAGCACCUGAACAGUCGCGCCGCAACGGCCACAUUCGAGCCGCUGGUGACCAGCACGCCGGUCAAGUCGCCGGAGGAUCCGAAUGCGCCGCGACCGAAGCGGAAAUAUGCCGUCGGCAAGAAUCGCGUGACGCGUUCGCGCAGUCCGCUGCAGGUGGUGCGCAUCAAGAAGUUCCGGCGGAUGAAGGCCAACGAUCGGGAGCGCAAUCGGAUGCACACGCUGAACGAUGCGCUGGAGAAGCUGAGGGUCACCCUGCCCUCGCUGCCGGAGGAGACCAAAUUGACGAAGAUCGAAAUUCUACGCUUUGCCCACAACUACAUCUUUGCGCUGGAACAGGUGCUGGAGAGCGGCAACACCAUCAAUCUGGAUCUGGAGAAAUUGCAGAACUUUACGCUGAGCGGCGAGCGCAUCACCAAGGAGCUCUUCGAUGCGCUCUUCGUGAACCCGCAGCCGUAUCCCAUGUUUGGCAACGGGCGCAUCUUUCCCUACGGACCGCAUCAGCAGCAGACGCCGCCGAUGCACUAUACGGCUGGCCAGGCCAUGGACUAUCAGCCACCUGGCUUUGAUCUGGGCAGCAGCAUGCGCUACUAUCAACAGCAACAACAACAGCAGCAACAGCAGCAGCAGCAGAUGGUGGCGCAGUCGGAGCUUAGUCCUCAGCCCACAACUUCGGCUGCGUCUCACUUUUCCCAGGAGAAAUAUGAUCUGUUUCGCAGCAGCUUUGAGGCAGCCGCCAUGAACGACUCGGGCCUGCAUCAGCAGAGCAGCUUCUACACACAAACGCCGCCCUGGAAGGACUACCAAGAGGAUUAUCACCAGCAGCAGCAGCAGCAGCAAUUGCUUUAUAAACAGUUUCAGGUAUAGCAUAGUUUCGGGGGCAUCAGUGCGGGUGUCUAUCUUCUCUGGGUGAUAUGUUCGACAGUGUGCUGAACCCUAAGCGGCACCGACAGCUGGAAAGGAUUCACGCAAGCGCUGCACUAGCGACUCACCUUUGACCUAUGGCUAUAUAUAUGCAUAUAUAUAUAUAGAUAGAUAAAAGUGUUUUGCUUAGAGCAGCCGAGUCAGUAUUACUUUUCCAGCUCUCAGUCCCGCUGCGGCUCGCAAUCAGUUGAUAUUUUGCAUUAAGUAUUAAAUUGAUAGCCAAGGCCGUGCUAAGCCAGGCGGCCUUAGUUAUCAAUUUGAUUUGAUUCACUUGGUGAGCCAAACAAAGCUUCAAUUGGAAUUCCAGAUCUGAUUGGGCUUUUGUUUUGCUCACUGAACUGAACUAUUGAAGCUAAAAGUGUUUUCUAUAUCAACUAAUUCACACUCAAAUAUAAAGCAAUUUCAUUUAUAUUUGAUUGAAAUGAAUGCAAAUAUAAGAAACACUUUUUGCUCUAAAGAUCGAAUACAAAACGCAUCGGUUGUCCAUGUAAAUUUAGUCAGAGCAUCCAUGUACCUUUGCUAGCAAGCCAUAUACUUAUACAUUAAGAUCAGACGACUAUAUUUAGGAUGAAGCAUUAGCUAGAUUUAGUUAGUUGGUUGGGUUAACAAUGCAAUUGCUAAGGAGAAACGCGAGCUAGUCAUUUUUGCAAAUCAGGUUUUAUAUAUCUAAAUAUAUAUAUAACUAUAUUUCGAUUAUAA